AUGGGUGACAACACUGCCGCAAGGAAGCAGCUGCAGCUUCAUCACAACCCAGUUAUUGAUGUUUCACUCAAUGUGCAGGGAGGCUCCAACUACAUCGAUGACGAUGGCCUUCCCAAACAAACCGGAACUAUUUGGACUGCAUGUUCACACAUAAUCACUGCUGUGGUUGGGUCUUGGGCCAUGGCUCAGCUAGGAUGGAUUGCUGGUCCUGUUGUGAUGGUCAUGCUCUCCGUCAUCACUUCUCAUUUCCUGCUAUCGGGAUCCCGUCACUGGGAAGAGAACUGCACCUACUCGGAUGCUGUUCGAUCCCACCUUGUCAUGUCCUUCACUUACUCAGGAAUUGGACUAGCCCCUGGAGUUGCUAAAGUCGCUGGUACACAUAGUUUUCUCUAUUACUGCUAUGUUGAAUGGAGAAAUGUUCUCGCCGUCACCAGGUGA